GCUCGGCGGUGCGGCAGCAACGCCGUCAGCUGCGACGGAGGACACGCCCCCGCGCUCAACACGUGCACUGAACUCGUCAACCGCGUCAGGACCAGCACCCUCACCCUCAACAGCUCGCCUCGCUCCGUCUGCCUCAGCCGCAGUGGCAAGAACUGCUGCAUUAGUUGGUCAAAGGACAUUGGUUCUGUCCGCGAGGCGGACCUGUUCAACGCCGGAAAGAAUGUUCUCGAUCGAUGCGUCGGAGAAAAUAACUCAGGUCUCGCUCGAGAUGUGUCGAUUAAUGGCAACUGCCUUACCGAGUGCCUGUCUGACCGGGCAACGGGAUGC